UAUCAGCCGGUUACAAAACUCAGCUGAACGGAGGAGUCUGUUAUAUAUAGUUUAAAUCACCGGAGAGACGAGUUAACAGUGAGAACAGACAGCAGAGAAAAUGGACAGGACCGUCUGCCUCCCGAACCAGCCCGACAAAACCACCAAAGUGACUCUGGUGGAGAGCAGCAGCACCCCCGGUGGGUUGGAACUGGUCAGUCCGUAUCAGACCAACAGAGUAGGAGACCCCUCAGACCUGGUGGCCCUGGCAGUACAAGUACAGAAGGGAGAUGAUUUCAUUAAAGCCAAUGCUAGCAACAAGCUGACAGUCAUCGCUGACCAGAUCAGAUAUCUACAGGAACAGGCGAGAAAGGUUUUAGAAGAAGCCAAAAGAGACGCUGACCUCCACCACGCUGCCUGCAACAUUGUGAAAAAACCGGGCAACAUGUAUUACCUCUACGAGCGACAAUCUGGACAGAAAUACUUCUCCAUCAUCUCUCCACAGGAAUGGGGCCCAAGUUGUCCUCACCAGUUUCAGGGCGCUUUCAAACUUCAACACGACAUGUCCUGGACCCCCAUAGAGGACGUGCAGAAGAGGGACGCAGAGCUCGCCAUCAUGGACAAACUUCUCAGCCAGCAAACCGCCAUACCACCUUACACAGAGCCCAACUUCAAGGGUCUCUCUGAUUAAAAAAAGAGCUGAACUGAGACAAAGGACAUCAUCAUGUCAUUUUUUAUAAAGGACACAUGGUGGACGCGAACUGUAGUCUUAAUGAACGUCAGUAUGAACUGGAAGAAAUGCUCACAUGGAUAAGAGUUGCUGAUAUCAAAACAUCUGUCACACACUGCCUUAAGUGUAUAUUGCAUUACUAUAAGUUUUUUU